ACUGCACUGUGCGCUGGUCUCUCAUCCUCUGAGCAGCAGAGAGCACCCCUGAAAGCUAGGGAGAAAUGUUAUGGUGGGGGCGGUUCCAGGUCUCCAGAUCAAGGCUCCAGAGGUCUGCUGAGUAUUAAAUGAGUAUAAUGGGGUGAGCGACUAGUGUUACUGAGCAAGAGGUGGGAGAGAAUCAGCAACGUUUUUCCAGAGUCAUUUUCUUUGCCUCCACUGGGGCAGAUAACAGCCUGGGGGUUUGUGGCCACAGGAUGGACAGUCCUGCCAACACAUUUACUAUCUAAGGCUGUGAGAUCUGUUUGGGCCCUUCUGCUCGUCAACGGUAGCACACAGUAGCAGCUUGUCGCCCAACCCCAGUGUGUGAUAGACGCACUGAGGCCUGGGGAAUGCAAAGAGAAAAGCGUGGCCACUUUUCACCUGCAAAUUUCACUUAAGAAGAAAAAAUCCGAAGCAGAACCUAACCUGGACUUUGAAGGCAGAUUGGGAAACCGACUUCUGCCAGAGUUGGCCUGGUGGGAACGAGUAAGUGGAAAGAAGGAGAACUGGUCCCUCUCCUGUUUGUUACAGUCCCAGUAGUCCCGUCCCAAUUCUAGAAGACCCCAACUACUUUUUCCCAGACUUUCAGCUCUAUUCUGGGAGGCAUGAAGCAUCUGCUUUGACGGUGGAGGCAAACGGUAGCAUUAGGGAAAAAGUUGUUGAGGAUCCUCUUGGUAACUUCCACCCCCCGAACUUCCUGAGGAUCUCAGAGGUGGAAAUGAGAGGUUCCGAGGAUGCGGCAGCUGGAACAGUAUUGCAGCGGCUGAUCCAGGAGCAACUGCGGUAUGGCACCCCGACCGAGAACAUGAACUUGCUGGCCAUUCAGCACCAGGCCACAGGGAGUGCAGGACCAGCCCACCCUACAAACAACUUUUCUUCCACGGAAAACCUCACUCAAGAAGACCCACAAAUGGUCUACCAGUCGGCACGCCAGGAACCGCAGGGUCAAGAACACCAGGUGGACAAUACGGUGAUGGAGAAACAGGUCCGGUCCACGCAGCCUCAGCAGAAUAACGAGGAACUGCCCACGUAUGAGGAGGCCAAAGCACAGUCCCAGUUCUUUAGGGGGCAGCAGCAGCAGCAACAGCAGCAGCAGGGGGCUGUAAGUCAUGGUUACUACAUGGCUGGGGGCACCAGUCAGAAGGCCCGGACUGAGGGGAGGCCCACGGUGAACCGUGCCAAUAGUGGACAGGCUCAUAAGGAUGAGGCGCUGAAAGAACUUAAGCAGGGCCACGUCCGCUCCCUCAGUGAGAGAAUCAUGCAGCUGUCAUUGGAGAGGAAUGGUGCCAAGCAACACCUCCCUGGCUCAGGGAAUGGAAAGGGGUUCAAGGCAGCGGGGGGACCCUCCCCAGCCCAGCCUGCAGGUAAAGUUCUGGACCCCCGGGGCCCUCCACCCGAGUACCCCUUCAAGACCAAGCAAAUGAUGUCUCCAGUCAGCAAGACCCAGGAGCAUGGACUUUACUACAGUGACCAGCAUCCUGGGAUGCUCCAUGAGAUGGUCAAGCCUUACCCUGCUCCUCAGCCUGCGAGAACAGAAGUGGCUGUCCUGAGGUACCAGCCGCCCCCAGAGUAUGGGGUAACGAGCCGCCCAUGCCAACUUCCUUUCCCAUCAACAGUGCAGCAGCACAGCCCGAUGUCCUCCCAGAACUCCUCCGUCAGUGGGCCUCUGCACUCCGUCUCCUUGCCACUUCCGCUUCCGAUGACCCUGGCAGCUCCACAGCCCCCACCUGCCGCCUCCCCCAGCCAGCAGCUUGGGCCAGAUGCGUUCGCAAUUGUGGAGCGAGCCCAGCAGAUGGUGGAGAUACUAACAGAGGAGAACCGGGUGCUUCACCAGGAACUUCAGGGUUACUAUGACAAUGCUGACAAGCUCCACAAGUUUGAAAAAGAACUUCAGAGAAUUUCGGAAGCCUAUGAGAGUUUGGUCAAGUCUACCACCAAGCGAGAGUCACUGGACAAGGCGAUGAGGAACAAACUGGAAGGCGAGAUUCGGAGACUUCAUGAUUUCAACAGAGACCUCCGAGAUCGUCUGGAGACUGCCAACAGGCAGCUGUCCAGCAGGGAAUACGACGGCCACGAAGACAGAGCUGCAGAGGGACUUUAUGCUUCCCAGAACAAAGAAUUCUUGAAGGAAAAGGAGAAGCUAGAAAUGGAGUUAGCAGCAGUGAGGACUGCAAGUGAGGACCACCGGAGACACAUUGAGAUCCUGGACCAGGCUCUGAGCAAUGCCCAGGCCAAGGUCAUCAAGCUGGAAGAGGAGUUACGAGAGAAGCAAGCAUAUGUCGAGAAAGUGGAGAAGCUGCAGCAGGCCCUGACCCAGCUGCAGUCAGCAUGCGAGAAGCGAGAGCAGAUGGAGCGGAGACUGCGGACCUGGCUGGAGAGAGAGCUGGACGCGCUGCGAACCCAGCAGAAACAUGGAAAUGGCCAACCUGCCAGCAUGCCGGAAUACAAUGCCCCAGCCCUCAUGGAACUUGUGAGGGAGAAGGAGGAGCGGAUCCUGGCCCUGGAGGCCGACAUGACCAAGUGGGAGCAGAAGUACCUGGAGGAAAGCACCAUCCGACACUUUGCCAUGAACGCCGCAGCCACUGCCGCAGCCGAGAGGGAUACCACGAUCAUCAACCACUCGAGGAAUGGCAGCUACGGCGAGAGCUCGCUGGAGGCCCACAUCUGGCAGGAGGAGGAGGAGGUGGUGCAGGCCACCAGGAGGUGUCAGGACAUGGAGUACACUAUUAAAAAUCUCCAUGCCAAAAUCAUAGAGAAGGAUGCCAUGAUUAAGGUCCUUCAGCAGCGAUCCCGUAAAGAUGCCGCGAAGACGGACUCCUCGAGCCUGCGGCCUGCCCGCUCCGUCCCAUCCAUUGCCGCAGCCACUGGGACCCACUCUCGCCAGACCUCUCUGACCAGUAGCCAGUUAGCCGAAGAGAAGAAGGAAGAGAAGACCUGGAAGGGGAGCAUAGGGUUGCUGCUGGGGAAGGAGCCCCAUGAACACGCCUCCACCCCCUUGCUGCCCACCCCAUCUGCCACAGCGCUGUGCCCCACAGCCUCUGCCACAUCAGCCAGCAGUGCCCACGCCAAGACAGGCAGCAAGGACAGCAGCACCCAGACGGACAAGAGCGCCGAACUCUUCUGGCCCAGCAUGGCCUCCCUGCCCAACCGCGGCCGGCUGAGCGCAACCCCUUCCAACAGCCCAGUCCUGAGACACCCAGCGGCCAAAGGGACUGCAGAGAAACCGGAGAACUCUCCUGGCCACGGGAAGUCACCUGACCACAAAGGCCGUGUCAGCAGCUUGCUCCACAAGCCCGAAUUUCCUGAUGGAGAGAUGAUGGAAGUUCUCAUCUAACACCAGCAUCCCUGCCGAAUUCCGUAACAGAACAUGGACAAACGAGGAAUGUGGCAGAGAGGGAGAGGAAAGAUCAAGAAGGUUGUAGAUGGGAAAUCAGGAAUGAUUUGAACUGAUAAAGAUUUCAGAUUAGUAAGAACACUUCUUAUAAAUGUUCAAAAGAAAAAAAAAAAAACAGGAGACCUACAUGACUAAAGAUGAGGAGAAUGUUCUGGAUUUUUAUUGCAUAUGGUGGAAGAGAGAAGAUGCAUGUAGGUUUGGAAACAAAGAAGUAGGAAGUGGAAUUUUUUAUUGUACAGAAAAUGUAUCUCUUGGGGAGGGUCUGUGUGUACCCAUUCUCUGGUUAUAAACAGAUAAACCUAAACAUGGAUCUUCCUUGGAAUACCCCAUCCUCCUUGACUCUUAGCUUGUUUUGUUUAAGAAGAACCUCCUAGAAGUCUCAGCAAGCCUGUCUUGGCAUAAUGUAAUAUGACCUGUGCCAUCCAUGGGGACUCCUGUGAAUGUGUGAGUGUGGCAGUGAGAAGACGGGUCUAGGGAUGAUGAGGAAUUUAAAAGGCCAUCUUCACCUAAUUACCAGCUUGGUUUGGGUUUUUAGGAGAUUUUGGGGCUUCUUAGCUUUUCUGGAUUCAGCAGUGUUUUCUAAGCAGAAAGGGAGCAUUAUGACCUUGGUGCUCAUCUUCCCCGACUUCUCUGAGUUCAUCUAGUCUCUGCUUCAUUCUCUUUAAUUUUAUUCUUCUUUUUCUUCAUGUUUUUUUCCUUUUUAAUAAGACAUGGCAGAUUCCUUAGGCCUUGGAUUUGUUAGAGCAGUAUUUGAGCUGUCACUGUUCCUGCUGUGUUUACUAGUAACCCGUGGGACAGAGCCACACGCUGGCUUCCUGGGUGCCUCCUCCACCUGUGAGUGGCUGGGCCGCAGUGUUAAUCUCGUUCUGACUAUGAACUAGGUCAGCUUUGAUGGAUGAGGCAGAAGAUCCGUGGUCACUGUGACAUCUUGCGUUAAGAUCACGGCCCUGGCUCUUUUCUCUCUUGCACAGAGUUUGGUAUUUCUACCCCAUUGCUCUGUUGGGGUAAGACUUUCAGGACUGCACUCCAGGAAACACAUGACGCUUGACAUGGUGGCAUCCAGAAUCCACCAGCACGUGCACCACUUUCUAGUAUUUGUGGCUCCUGCACAUAUUCACCACUCUCCCCACCCCCUUGCACUCCUCUGGUCACUGUUGAUGAGCACACGGAUUUCUGUGACUGUCGUCAGCACGUGUGUAUUAACACACCAGUUUUUCUCCACCAUGAACUUGUGUUAUAAUCUAACAAGCCAGUAUGUAUGACAGCGUGGUCAGGUUUUUUGAGGUUUCAGUUUGGGGAAAUUGUCCAAAGUAAGACGGAAAUACCACGUCACAGAGCCAGGAGUGAGUGAGGUAGUGGGGCUCUUAUGCCUGUGUGUGAUGUUUCCCAUCUGACUCCUCAGACUUCGGCUUUCUUUACAGAUCUGGGAGGUCUGGAUCAGAAAAGAGGAGAAGCUAAUCAGGCCGUCAGGUGCUCUUGCAGGACCCUGAUAUUUUCCUCCCUCCAGGUGGGCUGGAUCCAUGUUUCCCCAGGUCCCUUUCCUCAUGCUUGCUUAAAGGAAGAGGGGGAAAAAACCCUGGGUCUGAGACUUUUUUAAGUUCCACCUAAAUGCCGCUCUGAAGGCAACAUUCUUAGGACAUUUUGCUUGGGUGGCUUAUCUUAGGGUUGAUCUUUGGGGUGUAACCUGGGUGAAGUUAUAGCCUUCCCAAGCUGAGGUGGUAGAAGGAUGACAGGUGUAGGCUGGAGAGGGCACGGGAGGCAACCAAUGGCUUUGGCCAGACAGCCCUGUGAGCCAUCCAGUGGGCAGAGUAAGUAGAAACCGACUCUUCCUGAGCUCUGCCUGCGGUGGGCGCUGGGCUUCCUGCUUCAUGCGCGUGACCUCCUUUGGUCCCACAUUAAACCUCACAGAGUAUUGUGCAGCCUGGGAAACCAAAGUGGCUCACCUCAUGCCCUGGGAUGUGCAAAGAGAGCAGGGAGGCCGCAUUGCAUCACAGAGAAAGAAGUGUAUAUGGAUGAGGGUGGGGAUGGGGCCGAGGGAUCCCCACAUCUCUGCCCCCAGUGCUUUUCACAGGUGAUGAGGUUCAGCUGAUGGCAGCUAACUCUCUUAAGGACAUUUUGGCCCCUGAUUAAUGUUAGGGAUGGGCCAGGAAAGAAAGAAAGUGUCUAGAGAUAGGAUGGCAAGUCACUUCUGCCAGCCCCCACCGUCCACGUCUGGGCCACCCCAAACUUGGGCUGUCUCCCCGAGAAGUGGGUAAGAGCAAGAGCCGCAGCCCAGCCCCCCAGGCCUCGUCUUUCUGCUCCAGCACCCCUCGCUGGCGCACUCAGGCACCAGGCCACUUGCUCUCCUUGGUCCCCCUGAGUUGUCAGGCGUGUUAAUUGAAUGCAAACACAGACAUCCCCAUUUUCAGUGGUGCAGUGGUCUUUGUCAAUCACUUUUUCUUCUAACCUGCUAGGACUCUCCCAUAAGAAAAGGGAUCUAAAGCUUUAGAAAGUCUUCUUUUAUGGGAGAUUUCCUGCUAAGCCAGGGUCCCCCAGCACUUAUCCUAAGAGCUUUCUUGAAGCCCUGCUUGCAUACAGGAGAAAGGAUGGCAGAUACUGAGCACCGGCUCUGCCUGCCUGCGCUCUGGGCAGUUCAUGCUAUGUUAUCUCGUUUGAUUUUCAGAAAGAUAAUUGUAGCUCUGUUUGUUAGUGCUGACAGUGUGUAAGCACUGUGGCAAGUACCUUUUAAUGAGUCCUCAAAUGACCUGGGGAGCAGGGACCAGUUUCUUAUCAUUAUUUCACAGAGGAGGAAGCUGGGCGCGGGGAGGUUAAGUGCCUUCCCGGAGCCUGGCAGCCAGGAGAAGCUGGGAUCUGAACCAAGGGUUCGGGAGAGGAGCUGCGCCUUAGGCACAGGCUGGGCUGCUCUGACGUGGCGAUGAUAACCAUCUGCCACGUCUGUGAUCUGGGCCCGUGUACACAUACACGUGUGUGCACACAUGCGCACACGCACAGCUGCCACAGCUCUCAGGAGCUAAGAAAUGGGACUAAAGCCCAGAACUCAUAGAAUUGCCCAUAAACACCAGGCACAGAUGGACAUCUUUGCAUUCUCUUAUAAGCAGGGCUACAAAAUACAUCUGGAGAGCACCUCCACGUUGUCCAGGAGCCUGGACCUCUUUGGAACUUCCCAGUGGUGUCUGCUUGUGGAACUUGUGGGUCCUGUCUCAGGGUAAAGGGUUAAGGCUUUGGCUGUGUGUGAAAAAACAUACCAGAGUAACUGCUUGCCCCUGGACUGUCAUCGGCUGUUUCUGCAUGCUGCCCAGGGUAUUACAUGACAUAGGAGAUGUUGCUGGAUUCCAGUCUCUACCCUAAAUUGCAGCUAAGUAGAUGGUUCUCUCUGUAAAAGCCGUUCCCGUCUACAGGGCCAUCAAGCUAAGCUGCCAGGAAACGCAUUUUGCAUAAGUAUCAGAGCAUGUGCAGAACCUUUUCUUAGCCUUUUCUUCUCUCAGCUUUUCCUCUGCUUCCCAGAGGUUGGUUGCUAAUGAUGGUGUUGCGUUCAGCCUGUUCCAUGCAGGCGUGCAGCAGAGCCUGCUGCGUCCCUCCCUGGCAGAGGGCAGAGGAUGGCGGGCCCUUCUCUCUUCAGCCCUGCAGGGCUUGUUCUUUGGGGCUGUGUGAAUUUGGCUGCACAGGGCUCAGGUUGGAUCUCGCGACAGUUGCCCCAAAUGGGUUCUGAACUUGGAACAGAGAUGCAGGGGUUCUGGUGCUCAGGGAAGAGGCUGUGGGAACACCUCCCACCGAGAAGCCAGUCAGCACUCCGAUUUGCUCUCUCCGGGUUGCCCUCAGCCCCCUGUAUCCUCAGGAUUCAGGGGCUGAAGCGCCCUCCUGCUGAGAGCUGAUGGAGUGAGUUCUCCCUACCCAGCAGCCUUCUGAGUCCCAGAGACUGAGGUGAACACAGACGCUGGGUGAGACUGGGUCCCAGGAGGCAGCGAAGAAUAGUUUGUGGGGUUAAAAGGUUUCAAGGCAGGGAGCUCAUGUGUAGACUGCAGAGAGCUGUGCUGAGCAAAGACGUAUGUUUUCCAAAACCAAAGACCCACUCCAUGUCUGCACUGGAGCACGCGUGUGUUUCUGUGUGCUCCAAAUGACCUUGCGCUCCUGAUAAGCACAGAAGGACCAGGGCCAUGGUCGCCGGGAACCCACGAGUGUUCUCAGAUGGGGAAGGUUUUAAAUAACCAGAGGGUAUCCAGCCCACAGGCGACUUCUUCACAUCCCCAACCCUGAGGCCGCCAUGCCAUAUGCUUUAUAUAUGUUGAUUUUCUUUUCAUUUCUCUUGCUAAUUAAUCGAUGUGUUUAAAAUGUCUUCAUUUAAUGUGAGGAUUGUUUAAUGGGUUGGCCUCUGAUGCGUGGCUCCAUGGGAGGUGGGCAGAGUAGUUAAGAAGUUACCAGAAGCUGAUCAGCUGGGAGCAUGUGAUGGUCAACAUUUCAGGAAAUGGAUUUCUUCUGGAACUAGUGAGCAAUUUUUUUCUCUUCCUUUUAAGUAGUGUACCCUUUCUCGUUUAGUAAUUUAAUGGUAUAUAAAGACGUGUGUAUAUGUCAGUGCACACAUAUGAGAUAUGACUAUAAGGUUGUGCAUUGAAUUUCUUUUUUUUAAUAUCCAGAAGAUCCAGUGUUUCAUCUCACCCCACCCUCCUUAAAAGGUGACCCUUGGGGAGACUAUACUGAUGAUCGCACUGUUCCCCGAGUAGAAACAUUUUGCGAAUGCCUCUGUGAGAAUGGCCUCUGGGGCCUGGCACCUUCCUCUGAUUAUCCUUAGAGAUGAGAAAUCUUCAUCCUUUGAGGAUGGAUUUAAAUUUGGAAAUAAUCCCAAGUCAUUCACUCAGUUGGAGAAAUAAAGAUGGGAGAUUAAGGUAAGUCACACCAUUUUAGCUUUUUAAAAAAAAAUUCCUAAGAUGUUCCUUGGAAUGAGUCUUUGGACUUCUAGAGCCUCUCAAAGUGACCACUUCAAAGGAGGAUAGUGGUCGUUAGUACGCGUAACUUCUAGUGCAUUCAUUUUUAGAAAUCGGUUUUCUUGCUGUGCCUUGUAUGUGUUCCCAUCUCUGCAUACACACAGGCGUCAGUGCACAUUCAUGGGUGUAGCUCUCCAGUAGGCCUUCUGUAAAACCGUUAUACUGAAGUGCAUGUUAUCGUCACGUUAUGCUAUGACUGAGGUGUUUCUUUGUCAUGAAACUUUGCUUCUUCACAGAAUUAAAAGUCUGCUCUCAAUAUAAUGAAGUACAUAGACAGCAUUUUCUUGUAUCAGCUCCCAAAGUUUUGAUGCCCAGUAGUGUGUUGACAUGUGAUUUUGCCUAGGAUUCUGUUCACGUAUAGACCCCUGUAAGUAUUUAUUACAAAACAGAACGUAAGCAAAUUUAUCCACAGUGGUUUUCUUUGAAGGAAGGUGUUUUCCCUUUUGUGGAGGGAUAGCGGAACCCCCUCCUCAAGGGGGCACUUACAGAAUCUGUGUGAAAUUUUGUGAACCAAGGGCAGGCACGUGCACUAACCUCAGCCGAAACUCAGACGGCUCUGGUGCCACCGCUCUUCCUGCCUGCCACGUGUGUGUCGCUGUGCUUGGUGACAGUGUGCUGCGUGCUCUCCAGUAGACUCUGGUGUAACAUUUUGGCAUCUUCGUCUUGCUGGUCUGUGUUGAGGGGGGUGUACAGAGCUGCACAGCCGAUGGGUCUGUGUACAGAGUUGGGGGGGGGUGUCCAAGAACACGGCGCGUCCCCCACAGCAAAUAUUGAUACUGUUGGUCAGCCAAAGAUUUUCCUAUUCUUUGCUGCUUAAACUUGUGCCUUAAUAUUGUAUAUAAUAAAUGGAUAAAAUGUC